AUGGGAAUGUGGGAGGAAGCGAGUGACCCAGUGAUGGGGAAGAAGGAUAAAAAUGAGGAGCGGAAGGAGAGAAUCCUGAAUCUCACACUGGAGAUUAUCUAUCUGCUGACUGGAGAGGGCUACGUCAUCCCUAAGAAGAAGAGCCCAACUGUGGGUUUGGGGGCCCUGCAUGCCCCUGGCUCCGUCAUACAGAAGGAAAAUGACAAGAAGAUCCUGGAACUCAUCUCCAACAUCAUCCAGCUGCUGACUGGAGAGGUUGCCAUAAGGUGUGAGGAUGUUUCCAUCUAUUUUUCCUUGGAGGAGUGGGAGUAUAUAAAAGGAAACAAGGCCCUUUACAGGGAAGGGAUAAAGGAGGAGGAGGAGGAGCCCCAGCAGCUCCGCCCACUGGACGGUGAAUAUGAAGAUAAGAGAGAGAUUCCAGCUGAUCUGGGAAGAACAUUAUGUUAUAAUAAUGAGCCAAGGAAGAUUGGGGCUGAAGGGGCAGAUUUUGGUGCUGACAGAAAUCCCACAAACCCUGAAAUGUCUCCAGCGGAACAGCCCCCACCAGCCAAUGGGAUUAAAGAGGAGGCGGCUUCAUGGGAAGGGGGGAACCAAUCAGAUUGUAGCAUUAAUCCCCUUACAGAACAGAUACAGGGAACAGACACGCCUACUCCUAUCAUGGGGCGGAGCCUGAAUAACAGCUCAGCAACUAACUAUGUGUUGUUUUUCAUUAAAGAGGAACCAGCCUUGUCUGAGAAAGAACACAAUCAUGCAGAUCAGGUACAAGGAACAGAUACGUCGGCUCUCAUGGGGUGGAGCCAGGAUAACAACAGUUCUAAAAGAAUCAAAGAGGAAGUGGCAUCAUGGGAAGGGGGAAACCAAUCAAACUGCAGCAUUAAUCCCCUUGCAGAACAGAUACAGGGAACAAAUAUGACAGCUCCUAUCAUGGAAAGCAGCCUGAAUAACAGCCUCUUGAAAAUUAUGAAUAACAUAAAUGAUGAAAAUGCUAAAACGUCAGCACAGGAAUCUCAAGAAACAAAACAAAUCCUUUAUAAGAAAUAUCGCUGCAAUCAGUGCGAUAAACAUUUUCUUCAAAAAAGAGACCUUGAUAGACAUCAAAACACCCAUACAGAAGAGAAACACUUUUCUCAUCACAAAUCUCUAUAUAAUCAUCUUGCAGGUAGGAAACAGUUUCCUUGUACGGAGUGUGGAAAAUGUUUUGCCAGAUCAUCAGAACUUACUGUCCAUCGAAGAACCCACACAGGGGAGAAACCCUAUUCUUGUUCUGAGUGUGGGAAGUGUUUUAUCAGAUCAUCAGAACUUACUGUCCAUCGAAGAACCCACACAGGGGAGAAACCAUAUUCUUGUUCCGAGUGUGGGAAAUGUUUUGUCAGAUCAUCAGAACUUACCGUCCAUCGAAGAAGCCACACAGGGGAGAAACCUUAUUGUUGUUCCGAGUGUGGGAAAUGUUUUGUCAGAUCAUCAGAACUUACUGUCCAUCGACGAACCCACACAGGGGAGAAACCUUAUUGUUGUUCUGAGUGUGGAAAAUGUUUUGCCAGAUCAUCAGAACAUACUCUCCAUCGACGAACCCACACAGGGGAGAAACCAUUUUCUUGUUCUGAGUGUGGGAAAUGUUUUGCCAGAUCAUCAGAAUUUACUGUCCAUCGACGAACCCACACUGGAAAGAAACCUUUUUCUUGUUCUGAAUGUGGGAAAUGUUUUAUUAGUUCGUCAGAACUUACUGUCCAUCGACGAACCCACACAGGGGAGAAACCAUUUUCUUGUUCUGAAUGUGGGAAAUGUUUUACCAGCUCAUCAGAUCUUACUGUCCAUAGACGAACCCAUGCGGAAGAGAAACCUUUUUCUUGUUCUGAAUGUGGGAAAUGCUUUAAACACCAUUCGGAUCUAAAGAGACACCACAGAACCCACACAGGGGAGAAACUGUUUUCCUGUUCUGAAUGUGGGAAAUGUUUUACCAGCUCAUCAGAUCUUACUGCCCAUGGACAAACCCAUGUGGAAGAGAAACUUUUUUGUUGUUCUGAAUGUGGGAAAUGCUUUAAACAACAUUCGGAUCUAAAGAGACACCACAGAACUCACACAGGGGAAAAACCUUUUUCCUGUUCUGAAUGUGGGAAAUGUUUUGCCACUUCAUCAGAACUUACUCUUCAUCGACGAACCCACACAGGGGAGAAACCAUUUUCUUGUUCUGAAUGUGGGAAAUGUUAUAUUAGUUCGUCAGAACUUACUGUCCAUCGACAAACCCACACAAGGGAGAAACCUUUUUCUUGUUCUGAAUGUGGGAAAUGUUUUACCAGCUCAUCGGAUCUUACUGUCCAUAGACGAACCCAUGCGGAAGAGAAACCUUUUUCUUGUUCUGAAUGUGGGAAAUGCUUUAAACACCAUUCGGAUCUAAAGAGACACCACAGAACCCACACAGGGGAGAAACUGUUUUCCUGUUCUGAAUGUGGGAAAUGUUUUACCAGCUCAUCAGAUCUUACUGCCCAUGGACAAACCCAUGCGGAAGAGAAACUUUUUUGUUGUUCUGAAUGUGGGAAAUGCUUUAUACAACAUUCGGAUCUAAAGAGACACCACAGAACUCACACAGGGGAAAAACCUUUUUCCUGUUCUGAAUGUGGGAAAUGUUUUGCAAAUCGAUUUCACCUCACUGAUCAUCACAGAAUUCACACAGGAGAGAAACCAUUUUCUUGUUCUGAAUGUGGAAAAUGUUUUGCUCGUAUGGCUAAUCUAAAGAAGCAUUUUCGGAGGCACGCAGAAGGAAAACCAUAAGUUUGUUCUCAGUGGGUGAAAUGUUUUCUAAAUCAGGCAUCAGGCAAGCAUUUCAGUAUAUUUACAGAGAAAAGGAACAGCUUCAUGUACAAUAGAAUGUAUCCAUAGGACAAUCCUUAAACCAAUCCCGUCCAGCCGAAGGCUAUAGGGCCUGAUGGACACAGGUGAAUGCUAGACAGGUGCCCCAUAAUGCUCUUCCCACGGCACUGGCUCCCCAUUGGGAACUGAGGGACCUCAUUUCAUCCUCAGUGGGAAUAAUAAUUUGUCAGUGUAAUCAAUGUGUUUCAGUAAAGUCAGUGACAAAUUAAAAAUUAAUACUAUAUUUAAAAA